CCAACGCAAGCAAAGCCACCACUUCUCCUUCCAAAUCGACUUCAUCAGUGGAGUAGUGGACGAGCGAUCGCGAUCCGCAAAGCCAAGAAUUUUUAAUCCUCACGCGCGCAGCUGCAUCUCAUCGUGCCACUCCACCCAUGGCGGCGGCUCUCCAGGCGCAGCGCCUCUUCCUGACGGCCUCCACCUCGACCUCCUCCUCCUCCCACCCCGCGCGCCGGCCGCGGCGGAGCGCGGCUGCCGCCCCAUGCCGCGCCGCGCCGCGCGCGCCUAGCGGACUGCAGGCGUCGCCGGCCGCCAGCGCCCCCGCGGCGGACCUCGCCCUCAAGCUGGACUGGAUCGCGGCGCCGGCGCGGGACGGCACGGCGGCCGAGAGGCUCCGCGCGGUGGCGGACGCCGCGGCGGACCGCGCGGAGAUGCACGACAUCAUCGGGCGCCAGCGGGACAACUGGAACCACCUGCUGCUCCACUCCACCAACUCCCUCGCGCUCGCGGCCUCCGCCAUGGCAGCGCUCGCGCCGGGCGCCGCCGCGCCCGCGCUCGGGGCCUCCGCGGGGGUCCUGCUCGCCACCGCGGCGGUCACCAUGGCCGCGGUCAACAGGAUCCAGCCGUCGCAGCUCGCCGAGGAGCAGCGCAACGCCACGCGCCUCUGGAGGCAGCUCGAGCGCGACGUCAGCUACAGGGCGGCGGCGGCGGCGGCGGCAGUCACCGACGCCGACGUGCAGGAGGCCAUGGACCGGGUGCUCGCGCUCGACGCGGCGUACCCGCUGCCUCUGCUCCCCGGGAUGCUGGAGAAGUUCCCCAAGACCGUCGAGCCGGCACGGUGGUGGCCGCGCCGCCGCGCGCAGCCGCAGCCGCAGCCGCUCAACAGCAGGCGGUCCAAGAGCUUCGGCCGCCGCGCCGGGAGCAGCAGCAACGGCUGGACGCCGGAGCUGGAGGAGGAGAUGCGCGGCCUCCUGCGCGUGCUCCGGGCCAAGGACGAGCGCCAGUACCUGACGGUGGGCGCCCUGGUGCUCGCCCUCAACCGCGGCCUCGCGGUGGCCGGCCCGGCGCUCGCGGGCGCGGGCGCCGUCGCCGCGAUCUUUAUCGGCGGCGACGCCGGCGGCAACUGGGCGCCCGGCGCCGCGGCGCUGUGCGGCGCGCUGGCGGCGGCGGCGAACACGGUGGAGCACGGGGGCCAGCUGGGCAUGGUGUUCGAGCUGCUGCGCAACUGCGCGGGGUUCUACCGCAAGCUGCAGGAGGACAUCGAGGCGGCGCUCGGGGAGGCCGACCCGGAGCGGCGCGAGAACGGGGAGGUGUUCGAGACCAAGGUGGCGCUGCUGCUGGGCCGGAGCGCGUCGGACCUGAGGCAGUUCAGGGAGAUGGCGUCGCCGUCGUUCAGGGACGAGGACAUCCAGGACUACGCCGGCAAGCUCUUCUGAUGAUCACCGGCGCCGGAGAUGGAGACCGAUCGAGCCCGCGAGAAAUGUGCAUAGAUGCGAACAAUACUAGUCGCUAUUAGAAUCCGGAACAAAUGUUCCUAGCUGCUAGGAAUUCAAUUCAUUCUUUUGUAACAAGUCGAGAAACCGAAAUGAAAACUCUUGAUCCAUCCAA